AUGGCAUCCAAAGAGAACGGCGCGGGACAGGCCUUUGCGCCUGUCCUAGCUGCCGUUGCUACAAUGCAAGGCAAUGUCGCUCGAUCAGAAAAGACCCAUGCGCAUGAAUUCCUAGAGAAAUUCCAGAAAUCAGUCGAAGCUUGGACAACAACGCAUGCGUUAUUACAAUCCUCAGAGAUACCCGUUGAAGCAAAGCUCUUCGCAGCUACCACGCUGAAGGGAAAAAUCACCUAUGACCUAGAUCAACUCCCGGGUGAGUCCUUGGCGGCUCUGAGAGACUCCGUUCUCUCCCUUCUAGUCGCUUAUAGCUCGGGGCCAAAACCGAUAAGGACCCAGCUGUGUGUUUGUUUAGCUAGCCUCGCUAUCCAGAUGACAGCAUGGAAGGAUGUCCUCGCAACCGUCGGCUCAGCUGUGGGAAGUGAGGGAGGAGACUGUGUUUUGGAAUUUCUCAAAAUUCUGCCCGAGGAGGUCACAGAAGGACGAAAAAUCAACCUGACUGAAGAGGAACUUUCUACAAGGACAGCAGAACUAUUGGAAAACAACGCGGAUCAAGUUUUAAGUCUCCUAGUGCAAUAUGCGCAGUCUUCUGAAUCUGCCGCAACAAAUCCACAGCUACUGGAAUGCAUUACCUCCUGGAUGCGUGAAAUUCCAUCUUCCCAAAUCGUCAACUCUCCCCUUCUGGACAUAAUUUUCAAGGGUCUUUCUGAUCCCCGCUCGUUCGAAGCUGCUGUGGAUACGAUAUGUACAAUCUAUAGGGACACACUUGAGGUUGAUGACUCAAUGUCUAUUAUCCAAAAGCUGUAUCCAAGGAUAAUUGCCCUGAGACCCAAAAUUAGAGAGGCCACAGAGGAAGAGGACCCUGACAUGCUCAGAGGAUUAACUAGACUUUUUGCUGAAGCUGGCGAAGCAUGGGUAGUCCUGAUUGCCCGUUUGCCUGCUGAGUUCAGAAGUUUAGUUGAAACCGUUCUAGAGUGCUGUGCUGUCGAUAUGGAGCGGGAUGCCAUUUCCAUCACUUUUGUCUUCUGGUACGAGCUUAAACAGUACCUCACGCUUGAACGGUAUAUGGGGGCGAGAACGGCCCUUGCAGACUUAUUCUCGAAACUUGUUGAUAUUAUGAUUAGACAUCUGGAAUUCCCUUCCCCGGAUGACGAGCAGGCCGACCUAUUUAAUGGAGAUCGCGAGCAAGAAGAGAGAUUCCGCGAGUUCCGUCACGCUAUGGGUGAUGUUCUUAAAGAUUGCUGUGCUGUUAUUGGCGUUACCGAAUGCCUCGGGAAAUCAUAUAGCCUGAUUCAAGCGUGGGUCGCCAAAUACGCUUCGCAAGCUACACAUGAUCAUGUACCACAUUGGCAAGAGCUAGAAGCGCCACUCUUUAGUAUGAGAGCGAUGGGACGGAUGGUCGAUCCCGAAGAGAGCACGGUACUACCGCAAAUUAUCCCUCUCAUCGUCCAAAUACCCGAUCAAGACAAAGUGCGGUUCCAGGCUAUCAUGGCUCUUGGUCGAUACACGGAAUGGACAGCUCAACACCCUGAAACUCUCGAAGCCCAAUUGAAUUAUGUCAUUUCCGGUUUCCAGCACAAAUCCCAGGAGGUCGUUCAGGCGGCAGCUCUCGCGUUCAAGUUCCUUGGCACUGAUUGUCAGAAACUUCUUGGUGGCCAUAUUCCACAGCUACAUUCCUUUUACGAGUCGGUCAUUGACAACCUGAAACCGUCGAGCCAAGAAGAAGUUACGGAGGGGGUGGCUGCUGUAGUUGCUGUCCAACCAGUUGAUAAAAUAUAUGAAACGCUAAAAUUAUUCUGCGAUCCCAUCAUGAAUAGAAUCAUGAAUCUCGCCAACCAGGCUAAAGAUGAUGCUGGCCAGAAGGCGGUUGCAGAUCACCUCCAGCUGAUCACCAUUUUCAUCCAAAUUGUCUCUCCCUACGUCGGCCCCGGAACCCAAAAUCCCGGAGUCACAUACUGCGAAGAGAUCCUUCCCGUUCUAAAUACCAUCGUAUUGAAUUUUACAAAGUCUAUCCCAAUAUUGGAGCGGGUAUGCCGAUGCUGGCGGCAUAUGAUCAUAUCCUACCGCAAUGCGAUGACUCCUCUCCUGCCAAGCUUGGCGCAAAGCAUAUCAGCAGGAUUCGAAGCAUCCAAAGAAGGCUGCUUCCUAUGGGCCACAGAUGCCGUCAUUCGAGAAUUCUCUGAAGGGGCGGAGUACGUUGAAAAAUCGACAAGUGACGCGGUAUACCAAUUCUUCGAACAACAAGUUGUGCUUUUCCUUAGAAUACUUAAUGACCUACCUCCCCAUCACCUCCCUGAUACAGCACCCAUUUUCUCCGCCUCACUGAGCGCACUUACACUCCAGCAAGUAGACCCAUUAAGAGCAGUCCUUCACUACUGUCGCGACGUGCUUAGCUUUGGGACCGACAAGCCAUCGAUAUCUGAAUUCGCGGGCCCAGAUGGCGAGCCAUUUACCAAUCCUCCCGAGGUCCAAGCUUCCGUGAAGCAAUUGAUAGCGUCACAGGGUGCGAUUCUCGUCCAGAGAGUGUUGACAGGGAUGAUGUUCAGUUUCCCAGACGACUGUUUUCCCGAUGCCUCGGGGGUACUGAUGUCGCUGUUUGAACUGAUGCCGCAGGAGACAGCGAACUGGGUGGAGGCGACUGUGCACAUGCUUCCCCCCGGCACGGUGAAGCCUGGUGAAAGUGAACGACUUAUGAAGUCGUUGUCUGAGAGGAUUUAUCAAGGUGAUGUUCGGAAGACAAGGGUUGUUUUACAAGAUUUCACAAACUCGUAUCGACGGAGAAAUGUAGCCCCGCGAGAAGGGUUGGGUAGGCUGGAAGCGGCCCGCUUCAAAUUCAGUGGCUAG